AUGAACGAGGAACCAAAGAGCUUUUUGGGGUUGGCAUGUCACGUCGACAAGGCCUUCGCGCAAGGCGAAGAGCCACGAGUCAUUAUCAUCACGCCUGAGUCUGAAGACGGUUCAAAGCUAGAGUACCCGGAGCAUAUUAACGCCAUCCGAAGCGUCCUGAAGGACAGUGUCUUCAAAGACGUGGGUGAAUAUGAUGAUAACCAUGUGAUAGUUGUGGCAUACAACCGCGAACACGGUAAGGAUCAACACGCGAAACCGCCCCAUGAAGGAGGCGACCCAGAAAAGUAUUCAUGGCUGAAUGGCAAGUUCAUGCUACAGUUCGAUCCGCAGCAUGAGCCAGGCAGGGCUGCAUUGGAAUUAUGGGCGGAACAGAGUUCGCAGCCCGUUUUCUCCACUCAAUGGGCAUCCCAUCAGACUCACUCUGGAGCUCAACUGCGAAUACUCAACCCAACCAAGCUGGAACCGCUGUCCAGGCGACCCAACGGGGUCGCCAAAGUCUACGUCUGCAUCGCCGCUACCAUCGCUUACCACACCGUCUCCAACGCCUAG